CAACUAAGAUGGCUGCGGAGAGAGCGGAAGUGCCCGCACAUCGGGCCUCCGAGGCCUCUCUUUCUCCCCUGGCGGCCCCGCUCUCGAUGGUGACGUGAAGCGGGCGGGGGCGGCAGCGCGUUCUCAGCUGCGAGGGAACCAGCCCGCGAACCCAGGCCAGGAGGGGGUUCGACCUGGGGGGGAGGAGGACUGACAUGUCUCUCGAAGACCCCUUUUUUGUAGUCCGAGGCGAGGUGCAGAAGGCGGUGAACACGGCCCGCGGGCUGUACCAGCGCUGGUGCGAGCUCCUGCAGGAGAGCGCGGCGGUCGGACGGGAGGAGCUGGACUGGACGACCAAUGAGUUGCGGAAUGGCCUGCGCAGCAUCGAGUGGGACCUCGAGGACCUGGAAGAGACCAUCGGCAUAGUGGAAGCCAACCCAGGCAAGUUCAAGCUCCCGGCCGGGGACCUGCAGGAGAGAAAGGUGUUCGUGGAGCGGAUGCGAGAGGCCGUCCAGGAAAUGAAGGACCAUAUGGUCAGCCCAACAGCCGUAGCCUUCCUGGAGAGGAAUAGCAGAGAGAUGCUGGCGGGCAAACCAGCUGCCCAGAAGUCACCCAGUGACCUGCUGGAUGCUAGCGCCGUCUCGGCCACAUCCCGCUACAUCGAGGAACAGCAGGCCACACAGCAGCUAAUCAUGGAUCAACAGGAUCAACAGCUGGAGAUGGUGUCUGGGAGCAUCUGGGUCCUGAAGCACAUGUCCGGCCGUGUUGGGGAAGAGCUGGACGAGCAGGGCAUCAUGCUGGAUGCCUUCGCCCAAGAAAUGGACCACACUCAGUCCCGCAUGGACGGGGUCCUCAGGAAGAUGGCCAAAGUAUCCCACAUGACGAGUGACCGCCGACAGUGGUGUGCCAUCGCCGUGUUGGUGGGGGUGCUUCUCCUCAUUCUCAUCCUGCUUUUCUCUCUCUGACCCCAGCACUCCCUGGUGGGCUGGUCCCUUAAGCCUGAGGAGCCACCCAGUACUUUGGAGCUUGCCUAGCCUCCUAGGAGAGGGUCCCUCCUGGGUAGCUGAAGAAUAGACGGUCCCACCUGGGGAGCUGUCCCCACAGGUCUCCCCCAGAGCCAGUGGGACCCUUGAGGGCCUUGGGCCGAAGCCACCACCACUGGUUUUGUUCAAGUGCACUUAGAGGGUGGUGGAGGCAGGGAGGCCUCAGACACACCCCUCUCCAUUUCUAGUUACGGGACCCCAAAGCCAUUGACCCCUGUGCCUUACACAAGUGCCAACCUGGAAAUAAAAUCCCAGGCUUUUUUAUA